CAAUUGACAGCUGUUAACCUAUUUGUGCGAAUUGCUCCCGCAGUCCGCAAUUCGUAUGUUAACACGUUGCAACAAUAUUACAAAAAAAAUAUCAUUUUUAAAUUAAAACCUUACUCGCAAAGUAAAAUUUGAAAAUGGUUUUAGAUCUCGAUUUAUUUAGAGCCGAUAAAGGGGGCGAUGCUGAAAAAAUCAAAGAAAUACAGCGAAAACGGUUUAAAGAUGUAGGCCUAGUAGAUGCUGUAGUUCAACAGGACACGACUUGGAGGCAACUUCGACACAAAGCCGAUAAUUGGAACAAAUUAAAGAAUUUAUGUAGUAAAGUAAUUGGAGAAAAAAUGAAAAGCAAAGAAAAUCAGGGGAAUGUAAAUGAUGCAAUACCCGAUACUAUUUCCCUAGAAGAACUUACAUCGGAUGUUUUAAAAACUAUUACCGUUAACCAAAUUAAAAAGGUUCGAGUAUUAAUUGACGAAGAGCUAGUUAAAAAUGAGAAAACUUUAAACGAGACUGAAAAACUACGAAAUGCAGCACUAUCCGAAAUUGGAAACUAUAUACACGAUUCAGUUCCAAUCGAUGACAAUGAAGAUAAUAACAAAAUUGAAAGAACAUUCAGCGAUUGCACCCAAAGGAAAGAAUAUUCACAUGUAGAUUUGAUACAUAUGAUUGAUGGAAUGGAUGGCGAAAGGGGAGCUGCUGUUUCAGGUGGACGCGGAUAUUACUUAACAGGCCCUGCUGUUUUUCUAGAAUUGGCAGUUGUUCAGCUGGCAUUACGAACAUUAAGCAAGAAGGGGUACAAACCUCUUUAUACUCCGUUUUUUAUGAAAAAGGAGAUUAUGCAAGAAGUAGCCCAGUUAUCUCAGUUCGACGAAGAAUUAUAUAAAGUUAUUGGUAAAGGCGCGGAUAAGGGAGAGGUCGAAGAAAAAUAUUUAAUAGCUACGUCGGAGCAGCCAAUAGCCGCCUUCCACAGAGAUGAAUGGAUUCCGGAAGGUGCAUUACCAAUUCGGUACGCGGGAUACUCGACCUGUUUCCGACAGGAAGUGGGUUCGCACGGUAGGGACACCCGCGGUAUAUUUAGAGUGCAUCAGUUUGAGAAGGUCGAGCAAUUUUGUUUGACAUCGCCCCACGAUAAUAAAUCUUGGGAAAUGAUGGACGAAAUGAUCAGUAAUGCCGAAGAAUUUUGCAAGGCUCUUGAGAUUCCCUAUCGUAUCGUAAAUAUUGUGUCGGGGGCGUUAAAUAACGCAGCUGCGAAGAAAUUGGAUUUGGAGGCGUGGUUUCCGGGAUCAAACGCUUUUAGGGAAUUAGUGUCGUGUAGUAAUUGUCUAGAUUAUCAAGCGAAGAGGUUGUUGGUGCGAUAUGGGCAAACGAAAAAAAUGAACGCAUCUACCGAUUUUGUACACAUGCUGAAUGCUACGAUGUGUGCGACAACAAGAGUCAUAUGUGCGCUGCUUGAAGUUCAUCAAACGAAAACUGGAAUAGCUGUACCUCAAGUACUUAAGGAAUUUAUGCCAGAGCAGUAUAGGGAGGAAAUACCUUUUGUGAAACCGGCUCCUAUUGAUUUAGAAAGAGAACAGAAGAAAAAGCAAAAGAAAAAGGGUGGAACUGAAGAAUAAUUUUCCUAAACUCAAUUCUUACUUAGCUUUAAUGGAUAUUCCGCGCUUUUAGGAAAAUAUAUUGUACCUAACUAUUUUUUAUUUCGGCAUAAGUAUGCAACAACUAGUAAAGCAAUUUCCCAUUC